UUCCCGGGCUUGGCAGUGCUGUUUUCUCGUUCUUUGUGAAACCGGGUCGGUGGUGAGAUCGGGAUGGGGAGUGGGUUCUCGCCCCCUUGGACGGGGAGCCGGAGACGGAUUAUUCUCUGCGGGGCAACACCAACAAUUUUCCUUCGUUAGACCUGCGGUGAGAAGUUUAUUUGAAGAAAAACCCCAACUGGAAGCAAACCACAGCUGAAGACGAGAGAACAGCAACAAGUGAAUUGGCCCGAGGACUGAGAACAGCAACUGGAGAGAACAACUCUGCAUCAAGAGACUCGGAUUUCCCAGUGAUUCAGUCAGGAGAAAGUUUGGGCCAUGCGUUAAGAAUUCUGCCGGCGCUGAAGCGUCGAUGAAAUGCGCAGGCGUCAGGCUGAGGACGUCCCCGAGUAUCACGCAUGCGCGCAGUACACAGAAGGCCUUGAAAAUGUCGGCUACAGGUUAAAAACGAGAAGGAAUUUGUCGCCGGGAAUCUCAAACACAACACGCUAGUUUUGCUGUCUCUGUCUGGAUAUUUAAGAAGUGGAGCAAGGGAUUCACUCAAUCAUCAUUCCUGCUCAGACUGUGGGGAGGGAUUCACUCGAUCAUCCUUCCUGCUCAGACUAUGGGGAGGGAUUCACUCGACCAUCCUUCCUGCUCAGACUGUGGGGAGGGAUUCACUCGGUCAUCCUUCCUGCUCAGACUGUGGGGAGGGAUUCAAUUGAUCAUUUGACCAAAUAGCAAGCCAGUCAUUUUACACAGAAGAAAGGCUGUUCACCUGCUCAGACAGUGGGAAUAGAUUCACUCGGUUAUCACAAUUGAAUGUACAUCAGCAAGUUCACACUGGGCAAGGCCAUUCAUCUGUUCUGUGUGUGAGAAAGGAUUCAGUUGGACCUGUGGACACAUCAGUCAGUUCACACCACACUGGGCAGAAGCUGGUGAUCUGUUGAAUUUCUGAGAAAGGAUUCGCUCAGUCAUUUGACCUAAUGGCUCACCAGCAAGUUCACACUGGGGAGAAGCCGUUCACCUGUUCAGUCUGUGAGAAGAGAUUCACUCAGUCAUCCCAACUACAGAGACAUCAGCGAGUUCACACUGGGGAGAAGCCAUUCACAUGCUCAGAAUGUGAGAAGAGAUUCACUCAGUCAUCCCAACUACAGAGACAUCAGCGAGUUCACACUGGGGAGAAGCCAUUCACGUGCUCAGAAUGUGGGAAAGGAUUCAGUGAGUUAUUUAGCCUACUUAGACAUCAGCGAGUUCACACUGGGGAGAAGCCGUUCACCUGCUCAGAAUGUGAGAAGAGAUUCACUCAGUCAUCCCAACUACAGAGACAUCAGCGAGUUCACACUGGGGAGAAGCCAUUCACGUGCUCAGAAUGUGGGAAAGGAUUCAGUGAGUUAUCCAACCUACAGAGUCAUCUGCGAGUUCACACUGGGGAGAGGCCGUUCACCUGCUCAGACUGUGGGAAGGGAUUCACACUGUCAUCCCACCUACUGGUACAUCAGCGUGUUCACACUGGGGAGAAGCCGUUCACCUGCUCAGUCUGUGGGGAGGGAUUCACUCAGUCAUCCCACCUACGGAGUCACCAGCGAGUUCACACUGGGGAGAAGCCAUUCACCUGCUCAGUCUGUGGGAAGGGAUUCACUUACUCAUCCCACCUACAGAGUCAUCAGCGAGUUCACACUGGAGAGAGGCCGUUCACCUGCUCAGUCUGUGGGAAGAGAUUCACUGAUCCAUCCAACCUACAGAGUCAUCAGCGAGUUCACACUGGGGAGAAGCCGUUCAGCUGCUUAGUCUGUGGGAAGAGAUUCACUCGCUCAUCCAGAUUACUGGAACAUCAGCGAGUUCACACUGGAGAGAGGCCAUUCACCUGCUCAGACUGUGGGAGGGGAUUCACUCAUUUAUCCAGCCUACAGAGUCAUCAGCGAGUUCACACUGGGGAGAAGCCAUUCAUCUGCUUAGUCUGUGGGAAGAGAUUCACUCGCUCUUCCACACUACAGAGACAUCAGCGAGUUCACACUGGAGAGGAGCCAUUUACCUGCUGAGAAUGUGGGAAAGGAUUCACUCAGUCAUCCCAACUACUGGCACUCCAGUCAGUUGUUAUGAAUCCCUAGGUUUUGUUUGCUGUGGACUGUCAUUUUAAGAGAGAGAGAGAGAGAUUAGGAAGGUGAAUCAGUCUGACUUGCAGCUUGUUUACAUCACUCCCAGCUUGUUCAGUUUUAACUGAGGACACAGACGCUCAGAGUCAGACGGAGAUGAAUGAGGAAAAAUGGAAGGAUCGAAACAAGGGAAAUAGGUGCCAAGGGUCACUGUUUGGAAUUUUCCUAUGCCCACAAGUGUGGGUUAAUUAUCGAUUCAUUGUACAUCGAAUGUGUGGUUGUCACCUCGUUUGAUCCAUAGGAGUGGAUCUGAUUUGGGGUAUCCUGUGAAGACCACUGAUGUGUUACCCCUUGCCUGGGUGUGGUGUGGUAAUUCACUUGAAGACGAUAUGCCUUGUGACAAGUCACUUUGGGUGAUAAUUAGUAUGUGGAUUUGGAAGGAUGACAGAUAAAAUCUACAGUGACUGUUCUCUUGUUUUACCACCAUGGAACCUGCGGAAUUUGACAUAAUUGCCUUCUAUCGACAUUUACCCUGGAUUACAAAUAUCUCUCUCAUCAGAUAUUCCGUGGUUGAACUGAACUUUCAUAAUUUACCAUCUGAAGACUCCAAGCCUUGUUUCCCCCUAGCUCAAUAGUUUCGGAUUUAUACUUACACACAUAUAUACACAUAACACUGUUAACUUUUGUUUAUCUUGCUUAAGUUACUAUAUUAUAAGUAGAUUCUAAUAAAGAUAGUUUUAAGAUCAAAAACAGACUCCUGGUGUAGUCUCCACGAGGAAAUCUGCAGAUGCUGGAAAUUCAAACACAUACAAAAUGCUGGUGGAACACAGCAGGCCAGGCAGCAUCUAUUAGGAGAAGCACUGUCAACGUUUCAGGCCGCGAACCUUCGUCAGGCAGUCUCAGGCAGUCCUGAUGAAGGGUCUCGGCUGAAACGUCGACUGUGCUUCUCCUUAUAGAUGCUGCCUGGCCUGCUGUGUUCCACCAAUAUUUUGUGUGUGUUGUUCCAGGUGUAGUCUAUUUGUGCUGAUUCGUUUCUAAAGCAUUACGAUUCAUAACAAAAUUGGGGCCUGCAUCUGGGAUAUGAACAGCUAUGAGGGCAUAGUCAUUAAUUAUCGAUUUCAUUGGGGAAGUCCCUUUUGAUUUAUUUGUGUGUGGAAAAUCAGCAGCGGAUGCUGAUUAUUGUUUGGAAGCAGCAACCUCUGAGGCAUUAGAGGAUGCCAGACGGAUUGAGUUGUUGAGUCUUGUUAGAAGGUUAAAAUUUGUUAUGUUGAAAUUGACAAUGAGGAGGGCACAGACGCAGAGGGUAACAGCUGAACAUUAUGUAUCUGAGGGUGUGUUUAAAGUGGAGGACUUGGAGGUGUUUCCUGAAAGUAAACCUCGUGAGCUUGAGCUCCAGUACGAGUGAGAAAAAUUAAAGAUGAAGGCUGCAGAAAGGCAGGGGCAGUUUGAGGCUAUAGAGGCAGAAAAACAGAGAGGAGGCAGAAAAAUAGGGAGGAAGCAGAAAGACAGAGGCUAUUCGAGCUGGAAAAGAUACAGUGGUUGCAGCAAAGGGGUCUAGCGUUAGACUCUGGUGAUGAGUUUGAGGCCAGUCAGGAAAUUAAAUUGGUACCUCCAUUUGAUGAGAAAGAGGUUGAUGAAUACUUCCAGCAUUUUGAGAAGGUUGCUUAGAAUUUAAAGUGGCCAAAAGAGGGUUGGUUCUCUUACAAAGGGGGAGGCUUAGCAAGCCUAUUCUGCUUUGACAGUUGAUGAAGCAGCUGAUUGUGACAUAGUGAAACAGGCUGUGCUCAAAGCUUAUGAGUUGGUCCCAGAAUCAUACAGGCAAAAGUUUAGAAAUUUGUGGAAAUCUGUGAACCGGACGUAUCUAAUUUGCUUAUGAGAAGUCUGUGUGUUUUGAUCACUGGUGCACAUAUAUGAUGAUAUAUAUGAUGAUGAUAAAUAAAUGAUGAUUUUUAAUAGCUUGAAAGAGUUAGUUUUAAUUGAAGAAUUCAAAAAGUGUGUCCCUGAUGACAUAAAAAUAUAUUUAGAUGAAAAGGAUGCUGCCACUUUGCAGGAGUCUGCUAGAUUAGCAGAUGAGUUUGCUUUAACUCAUAAGGUUAAGUUUACCCAGAAUAAGAGCUUCCAAAAGAGUAGCAGGGUCACCAGGGUAAACGCGAAAUUAUAGCUGGGACUAGUGACAAGUGUAAGGAUGAAGGGAAGCAGUUGAAAGAGAAAUAUUCUGGUCUUGCUUGUUACUAUUGUAAGUAAGCUGGUCAUAUGAUGGCUAAUUGUUCUGUCCUGAAGAAGAAAAAGGAAAAGGAGGCAGUCCCAAAUGCCUGUGUUCAGUACGUUGAAGCACCUAUAAACCCACAGGGUUCUGAACAUUCUGUUGAGGCUCAGUUAUGGACUGAGAGAUCUGACCGAAUUAAGAAGUAGUUGAUCAUUUUAUGUUAAAUGGGUUUGUAUUAGUAAAGGAAGGGUGAACCCAAGAACCAGUGAAAAUUCUUCAAGUUACUGGCGAUUCUCAGUCACUUAUAUUAGACAGCAUUCUAAAGUUUGGUGAUGAGACUUAACACUGGUGAGGUAAAUCUUAUUAAAGGCAUUGGGGGUGGCAUGGUUUCUGUGCCGUUGUACAAGGUAACUUUACUGUCAGGGCUGGUUUUGGGACCUGUUAAAAUCGGAUUAUGCUCCAUUUUACCAUUGGAAGAUGUUGGUUUGCUGUUAGGGAAUGACCUAAAAUUGUUCCUGCAGUGCUAUUGACAACUAAGACAACCGCUGACGACCCACAGAUGGAUUUUAACAUUUAUCCUUCCUGCGCAGGAACUCGAAGUAUGGCUAAGAAGUCUGCCGAUGCAGACGGUUCUGUGCAGCAUGAUUCUGAUACCCAUGAUAGCCAAAAUCGGGAUUCAGGUUAUGAUGUCAGGGAAUUUCUGCCUUCAUUGUUUCAACAGGAUUCAGGUCGUAAGUCUGAUGAGAAAGAUUUAUCCCUGUGUAGGAAGGAGUUUAUAGCAGAACAGAACCGAGACCCUGAGAUUGAAGCUUUAAAAGAAACAACUUUCUCAGAUGAUGAGAUUAAGAAAGUGCCAGCAGGGUAUUAUCUCAAGGAUGGAGUGUCAAUGAGGAAGUGGAGGCCACCUGCUAUACCAGCGAGUGAGGAAUGGGCAAUUGUUCACCAAGUUGUAGUUCCUAAAGUUAUAUGGCUGAAAUUUUAACUUUGGCCUGCAGUAUGCCAUCAGGUCGACAUUUUGGAGUGAAUAAAACUGUAAACAGUUAUGAAAUAAUUCUACUGGCCUAAUUUGAGGAAAGAUGUUGUGACCUUUUGCAGAAUCUGUCACACUUGUCAAGUUGUGGGUAAACCGAAUCAGGUCACGCUAGUGGCCUCACUCUGCCCUAUACCUGCAUUCGGUGAACCCUUUUUAAAAUUUAUAGUGAGGGGUCCUUUGUCCUUGUUAAAGGAACAGUGGAUUGAUGGGGAUGUACAUCUUAACUUGUUAGACAUUGUGUAGAAGUUCAAGAAUAAACUACAAGUUAUAGUCCAGUGAGACAAAACUUAAAGAUUUCUCAAAACAAAAUGAAGUGUUGGUUUGAUAAGUUGGCUUUGGAAAGAAAAUACCAGGUUGGGGAUAAAGUGCUUGCUUUAUCUCCAAUAUUGAUGAAUCCACUUCAGGCUAAGUUCAAUAGACCGCAUGAAAUAGUCUCUCAAAUUAAUGAUCUGAAUAAUGCUAUUAAAACACCUGACCAACGUAAACUAACACAGGUGGUGCACAUAAAUAUGAUAAAGGCUUAUUUUGACAAGCAGGCUCCAUCUGUGAGUGUUGUCAAAUCAUAUGGAUCUGGCAACCCUGAGAAUGAAACAAUUGACUUGUCUGAGACUUUUCACAAGCCAAACAUGGUCCCAGUUAGGCUAAUGAACUCAGUUGUUCCAGAAAACAUUGUUAACAAGUCGGCUCAUCUGCAGCCAAGGCAACAACAACAGCUGAAGGAAGUAAGCCUGAUGUUUAAAGAUUUAUUUCCCGAUGUUCCCAAGCAAACCACGGUCGCAGUACAUGAUGUAGAUAUUGGUCAAGCCAAACCGAUUAAACAACACCCAUAUUGUAUGAACGUUGAAAAAUGUUAAAUUGGCUGAGCAAGGAAUUGAAUAUAUGCUGAAAAUGGUACUAUGAGUCCUUCAGCAUCAGAUUGGAGCUCACCCUGCAUUAUUGUGCCUUAUCCUGAUGGUGGUGUUAGAUAUUGCACUGAUUAUGGGAAGGUAAAUUCAGUAACAAAGAGAUUCCUCUCCUAUCCCUAGGGAGGAUGAUUGCAUCAUUAAGGUUGGAAAAGCUAAAUUUCUUACAAAGAUUGAUCUGUUGAAAGAGUAUUGGUGUGUUUCAUUGACGGACAGAGUUAGAGAAAUUUCUGCAUUUGUGACACCUUCUGGGUUGUGUGAAUACAAUGUUUUCUCUUUUGGAAGGAAAAAUGGUCCAGGAUCAUUCCAGAGAAUGACUGAUUCUCUAAUUCGAGGGUUAGAACAUACAGAUGCCUAUAUUGAUGACUUAGCCACAGGGAGUGGCACUUGGGAAAAGCAUAUCACUGCAGUCGAGAAGCCGUUUGACAGGCUUUCUCAGGACAACCUUACAGUUAGCUAAGAGUGAAUUUGGCCAUGCCACUGUGACCUGUCUUGGCUAUGUUGUUGGUCAAAGCAAGUUGGCUCCUGUUCGGGCAAAAGUCCAGACAAUUUCUCAAGUUCCUAUUCUGACUGCUAAGAAGGCUCUUAGAAGGUUUCUGGGAAUGGAUGGAUAUUUUCGUAAGAACUUUUCUGCUAUCGCUCUUUCUCUGACCAAUCUCCUGAAGAAGCGUGAAAAGUAUGUUUGGACCGAACCUUGUCGGGAGGCAUUUGAUCGAUUGAAAGUUAUUAUUUGAGGUUAGGCCAAUCAAUGUAGUGCUGUCAGCCAAUUUCAUUAGCAGGUUGGAGCUGUGGGUGGCAACACAGUGUUAUAGGUGCACAGAGAGUAAAGGAGUGGGCCAAAGAGACAACCCUGUGGGGUAUAUGUGCUGAGGGUCAGAGAGACAGAGGAGAUGGAGCCCACUCUUACCACCUGCCGGCGAUCUGACAGGAAGUCCAGGUUUCAGCUACACAAGGCAGGGUGAAGGCCGAGGUCUCUGAGCUCCAUGUCGAUACUUCACGCCUUCGUCUGGCUACUUCUCUGCCCAUGACUGCAAGGAACUGCAGAGAACUUUGGAGAGCAGAGAACAUCAGGGAAACAAGCCUCCCCUCCAUGGACUCUCCCUACACUUCCCCUCCCUUGGAAAAGCAGGCCAUGCACUCAAAGAACCUCAUAACCUGGACAUUCUCGCUGCAAACCCGCUCCCCCAUCGGGGAAGAGAUACAAAAGCCUUAAAUUGUGUAACACCAAGCUGAAGGAUGGCUUCCUGUCUGCAGUUAUAAGCCAACUGAAUGAUAAAAUGGACUCGACCUCACAAUGUAACUCGACGUGACCCUGCACCAUAUGUCUAUCUGCACUGCACUUUCUCUGCAGCAAUAAUGCUUUGUUACAGUUAUUGUUUUAUCGUAUAUCAGCUCGAUGUACCGUUGUAAUGUAUCGAUCUGUGUGGAUGGUACGUCAGGGAAGAUUUGAACUGUCGUUCAGUACAUGAUGAUAAUAAACAAGUUCCCCAUUUUAAUUGUGUGCAAAUAUUAGACAGACUGAGCUUCUGCUCUGGAACCACAGAAGGAAACUGAACAGUUCUCUUUCUGAGGAACGCAAGUAAAUAGAAAAGGCUUUAAUCUCUCAUUACGAUCUGCUGUAAGUGAGAUCAGGUGACUGGUGGUGGGUCUCCCAUAUUAAUAUCAGAAUCAGGUUUAAUAGCACCGGCAUAUGUCAUGAAAUACGUUCAGAAGUAGAACCUAAUUUUUAACUAUAGAUUUUAACAAU